AUGGCAUCUCUGACAAAGUGGGAUCGUCUGAUCCGAUAUGUAUCCAAGGAUGGCAGCAUCAAGCAUGGCGAGCCCAUCGUCGACGGCAAAGCUGAUAUCGAUGAUUUGGCGCAGAAGGGCAGCUUGAAGGUCAAAGUGCUGGAAGGCUCGGACUUUGUCUCAAUGGCGCCGACGGGACAAGAAGACGAGGUCAAAGAAUUGCUUGGCCCGCUGGCACCGAAGGAUGUUGCCGUUAUCAGGUGUACUGGCUUGAACUAUAAGACGCAUAUCCUGGAAACUGGUUUCGACCUUCCUGUGAACCCAACAUUGUUCUUCAAGACCAGCCAAGCAGUAGCAGAUACACGAAAACCAACUCCCAUCCCCAAACUAGGCCAACCCCAAUGCGACUACGAAGGCGAACUGACAAUCGUCAUCGGCAAGGAUUGCAAGAACGUUUCCGAGGACCAAGCUCUGGAGUACGUGGCUGGCUACGUGAGCUCGAACGACGUCUCCUGUCGCGACUGGCAAAUGGAGAAGGAUAAGGCGGGCAUGAUGCCUCAAUGGUCUUUCUCCAAGACGUUUGACAAGUAUGCCCCGCUCGGUCCGGCGAUUGUGUCCACCAAAGUCCUGGGAGAUGCUGGUGGACUGGCUAUGAAAACAUAUGUCAAUGGAGAGCUGAGGCAGGAUACUAACACUUCUGAUCUGUGCUUUGGUGUCAAGAAACUUGUGUCUUUCUUCAGCACGGGUCAGACGCUGGAAAAGGGAACGUUGAUCAUGACCGGUACACCCGGUGGUGUUGGCUUUGGCAUGAAGCCGCCGAAGUGGCUGAAGGAUGGUGACGAGGUUGUUGUGGAAAUUGAGGGCAUUGGUAAGGUUGUUAACAAAAUGCAAUUCGAGUAG